UAAGCUUCUCGUUUCAGCUCAGUCUGCUGCUGUCAUGGUGGAUAGAAAACAUCUGUGACCUGCAGCACGUUGGAUUCUAAGGAGUCGUGCCCGAAGAGAAAAUAUGUGAUGUACAGUGUGUGGGAAGAGUACCCCAACAGACUUGCGCCAGAGUAAAGUAUGCAGCUGCAGAAAGCCGCAUGGAGGGACAGCUUUGUUUGAGGAAGAACCUGGGACCAGGCUUGAGUUUGAAUACUGACUUUGUCUGGAUUUUAUCUUGGUCACUUGACUUAAUUUAUACGAUAUUAUGUUUGUGUUUUAAGCCCUAACAUAGGAGUUUCGUGUCUUCCAAAGUUAGUCACUCGCUGUCGUCUGGUAUUGCAAAAUCAGUUCCUUUUGUGGUUUUUCUGUCUCGUGCCUGCAUCCUGUUUGUGGUAUGACAGAGGCUUAAUAGCAAAUGUGAUGUGAUUGAAAGCACACUUUAUUACUGACUGGCAGCACUGGGAUCAAGGUUCAUGUUGUGCCACAGAGUCAGGAGGAGGUAAUUUUUCAGUCUGGCAAAAAAUGUAAUAUCACUCUUCUGUGUGACUUUUGUUCCAAAACAAGCAACUGAUUCUCAAAGAACUACAAGUGCAGAACCUCAAGAGCAUCUGUGAUCAUUUUAAAAGGGGUCUGCUCUCCAGAGUCCUUUUGAUCUCCGGGAUAUUUCCGGAUCUGUAAGGAUUUCAUCCGGAUCCACUUGUGACUUGGUUUCUGUUGUUUGCAUCAGGUCUGUGUGGAAUGUCUGGCCAUCUGUAUCUCCAGAUGUGUAUUGAUGCUGGAACGAGACCAGCAUACUGUGACUGGGACACACAUGUACACUUGGUCCUUGGAAGUAAGGGAUGUUAAUACCGUCACACAGCUGAUGAAUCCAGACUGACAAAUGGAGAGUUCGCACACACAGGCAGCUGGUUUCCGUGAAGAUCAGUCGCAUAUCGAGAGCCCUGUAGUGACUUCAUCCUUUGCCUUACAGCUAGAACUAGAAUGCAUUGAUGGAGGAGGCAGUUAUGACGUAGUUAACAACGCUGUGAUCUCAACACCUGGCCCACAAAACUACAGAUCCCAAAAUGUGUCCUUGCGACAAAGCUGGGAGAUGAACUACCAAGAGGCAGCCAUCUACCUGCAGGAAGGAGAGAACAAUGAUAAGUUCUUCACUCACCCUCGAAACCCAAAGGCACUUGCGGCGUACCUGUUUGCGCACAACCACCUGUUCUACAUGAUGGAGCUGCUGACAGGCCUGCUGCUGCUGAUGCUCUCACUGUGCGAGGCUCCUGCUGUACCCUCACUGCGCCUGGAUGUCUAUGUCCACGCCACGCUGGAGCUGCUGGCUUUGGUUAUGGUGGCAUUUGAGCUAUGCAUGAAACUCCGCUGGUUAGGCUUCCACACCUUCAUACGGCACAAGAGGACAAUGGUUAAGACGUGUGUGUUACUGGUACAGUUUGUGGAGGCCAUAGUGGUUCUGAUCCGACAAACUUCUCACAUGCGAGUGACCAGAGCGCUCAGACCAAUAUUCCUGGUGGACUGUAGAUAUUGUGGUGCUGUGCGCAGAAACUUGCGUCAGAUCUUCCAGUCUCUCCCGCCUUUUAUUGACAUCCUCCUGCUGCUGCUUUUCUUCAUGGUUAUAUUUGCUAUUCUUGGCUUCUGUCUCUUCUCCACGAACACCUCUGAUCCGUACUUCAACACUAUGGAGAACAGCCUUGUCAGCCUGUUUGUGCUGCUGACCACAGCAAAUUUCCCUGAUGUGAUGAUGCCAGCAUACUCCAAGAACCGCUGGUCCUGUGUUUUCUUCAUUGUAUACCUCUCUAUCGAGCUCUACUUUAUCAUGAACCUGCUCCUGGCGGUCGUGUUUGAUACAUUUAAUGAUGUUGAGAAAAUGAAGUUUAAAUCUCUCUUGCUUCACAAACGCUCUGCUAUCGACCAUGCCUUUCAGCUGUUAGUUAGCCGUCAGAGACCGAUGGGUGUGUCUCUGAAGCAGUUCGAUGGUCUGAUGCGUUUUUACAGACCACGCAUGUCUGCAAGAGACCGAUUCCUCACUUACAAAGCUCUUAACACAUCAGGGGCUCCCAUGCUCAGCCUGCAGGACUUUUAUAAGUUCUAUGAGGUCACUGGCCUUAAAUGGAAGGCACGUCGCAGUGGAGAACACUGGUUUGAUGAUCUUCCACACACAGCCUUCCUCAUUUUCAAAGGUAUCCAUUUGCUUGUGAAGUCAAAGGCCUUUCAGUAUACUAUGUAUGUGGUGGUGGCCAUCAACGGUGUUUGGAUCCUUGUGGAGACGUACCAGCUGAAUAGUGGAUUUUCCUGGUCCAAAUUGGUUCCCUGGAGUUACAUUGUUUUUCUGACCAUUUAUGGUGUAGAAGUGUUAUUGAAAAUAUCAGGUUUGGGGCCAGUUGCCUAUUUCAGCUCUGGGUGGAAUCUGUUUGACUUCUCUGUGACGGUUUUUGCCUUCUUGGGCCUCAUUGCUCUUGCCUUCGAUAAGGAGCCGUUCUACUUUAUUGUAAUUCUCAGACCGCUUCAGCUGCUAAGGUUAUUUAAGAUAAAGCAGAGGUAUCGUAAUGUUUUAGACACCAUGUUUGAGCUCUUCCCCAGGAUGGCCAGUCUAGGGUUGACAUUAAUCAUCUUCUACUAUUCCUUUGCUAUUGUGGGAAUGGAGUUCUUUGCAGAUGUGGUUUACCCCAACUGCUGCAAUACGAGCACAGUGGCCGAUUCCUACAGACUGAUCAACAACACACAAGGCAACAAAACAGUGCUGGAAGAGGGCUACUAUUAUCUCAAUAACUUCAACAACAUCCUCAGUAGCUUUGUGACUCUGUUUGAACUGACCGUGGUCAACAACUGGUACAUCACUAUGGAAGGAGUGACGUCUAUGACGAGCCACUGGAGCCGUCUGUACUUCAUGACUUUUUAUAUAGUUACAAUGGUGGUGAUGACCAUUAUCGUGGCGUUCAUUUUAGAUGCAUUUGUGUUCCGCAUGAACUACAGUCGCAAGAACCGGGAACCGCUAGAAAAUCCAGAGGAUGAGAAUGGGAUCGUGUUUGAAGUAGAGGUGAGUCGUGAUGACGUUCUCGCCGCUCUCGAGCUGUACAAACAGAUGUGCCCAGGAUCGUCUUCCCUCAGCUCUCUCCAGGGAGUCUUACAGACUAUGGACAAAAGUGGGCACUCGUCUUUAGUGUACCUAGGUCGCAGGUCUAGGACGAAGAGCGACCUCAGCAUGAAAAUGUACGAGGAGGAGAUACAGGAGUGGUAUGCAGAAUAUUCGAGGGAAGCCCUGCCUGAACCAGACCAAAGCCUGGAGCGGGAUCCAGACAGCCCCAUGCCUGACUUGUCUCCCUUCCCAGAGCCUCAGCUCAACUCACAGACUGGACCUCACAGCAUCAAUUAAUGCAAAGUUUGCUAGGGAAACAUGCACAUUGUCAUUCCAACGUUUUCCUUUAAAGGCAAAAUCAGGAAGCCUGGACUCCCAUAUUAUGUGUGCAUAUACUGCUGUUGGCCUUUUGUGCCCUAUGGUAAACCAUGACGCAUCUAAACCUGAUGCCUUAGUUUAACGACUCCUCUGAUCAGUAUUAACACACCCACUGAGUUUUCCAAAGACCGAACUAUAUAAACACUUAAUACUCCUUUUAGCUCAACUGAACAAAUGACAUUUUCCCUCAACUAAUGUCUCAGCAGACUUAUAAUAUUUUACUUUUAUAUAACUUCUUAUUCUGUAAUGUAUUUGAGUUUAUUUGAAUAAACUGUUAGAACUUGUCAAA